GAUGCCUAUCUGUAUACAACAAAACAAACUUAUGUUCCAUGUCAAAUCUCGUAGUCUCUCUGUCUCUCAAAAUGAAUGAUCAUAAUAAAAAUUAAUUAAUCAUAAUUACGUAUACGCUUCGUGUGCGGUAAUGGGAUUUUACAACGUAAUUCAUUAUCUCGAGUAAACAAAGUGUAUAUAAAAGCUAGUGACAAUCGGUGACAGUUAGUCCGGAGUGUUUUGUGAAUGUGAUUAAAUUUGAAAUUUUUUAUAGGUUAGAAAUUAGAAAUUUGUUAGGUGUGAGAAAAAUUUUGGAAACCGCAAGACAAUGGAUAAAUUCAAAUCGUUAGAGGGCCUCGAUAAAUUUCUCAUAAGCACAGGAAAUAUACUAUCAAUAAGUGACAUAACGAAAAAGUCCAAUGUAAACACAUCAGAAGAGCUAGUGGAUGCCAUCGAGUUUACGCUAAGAGAAUUCCAAAGCAACGGGAUACUGGAAAACCAAUCGGACAACAUAUUGGUAAUAAGCAGGCACAAUGACAACCUGAAAAUCGAUGAACACGAACUCUCCGAGUUAAAGAUCGGAUUCAAGGUAUUCCUAAACGAAGACGAUCCGGAUUCGCUCAUGGAAGCAAUCCAAAAAGCUCUGAUGGUGCUGAAAGUGGACUCGAUCCAUGACGUUAUCGUGACGUUCAAGCACAACACAACCGGCAAACAGAACAUCGAUUUGAGCCACGUGCAAAACACUUGGGUGGUGCUGGAGAACUUAAUAAAAAAAGGCCAGAUUCGGCAAAUCGGCAUAGCCGAUAUCGAGGAAUCCACAUUCAGGGCCCUCCACGGUUGGGCCAAAGUCAAGCCGAGCAUUAUUCAAAUCAAUUUGUCCACGUGCUGCGUCGUGCCGCCUACUUUGCAAUCGUUUUGCAAGGAGAACGAUAUUAAAUUGUUAACUCACAGCGAUCCUAAUGAUAUACUUCCCGCUGGAUCUAUAGAGAGUAUAUUCGGCGCGCCGUUGAAUUUAAAAUGGGCCUUACGGUUUCUAGUGCACGUGAAAUGUCGAGGAGUUUUGACUACCAAGGGAUAUCUAUUAAAUCUAUGUAAGAACGAGGAGAGCGUUUAAUCGCCUUUUAUAUUCCUCCAAAUGUUCGUUUUUCACGUAAUGCAAAAGUGUAUAGUUAAGGUGAUGUUUCUACUUAAUUACACGCUUUUUAUUAGAAAAUUUUUAUCAGCAGUUUAUUGUUACAUUUAAAGUAGCUCGAUUUUAUUGGGAUUAUCAAAUGUAAGUCUAUUUAACGAGACAUUCGAUUACAACAAUUUCUAUAGCAAUAGGUACUUAAUAAUGUAGGUUUGAUAUUCCCAGUGGACAAUGCUUUUAUCUUAUAUUUUUCUAUAUUACUCGAUUUAUUCAAAUUAUUUGUAAAUAAAAUAUUUCACAUUAUUUUACGAAUCUACAUCGAUCAUCACUUCCUUGGGCGUGGGGAAGUACAAGUUAGAGGCCACGUGCUCUUUGAAGUACUCGUGCCCGAUGUCUUCGUACAGCUUUUUAGUUAACAGAUAUUUCUCGAAAUCGUCUCGUUUGGCAAAUUCCCUCGCCCCGUACCAAGCGGUUAGAGCGCUGUUUUCCAUCACGCUCACUCUCACGUCCGAUUGAAAAGGCCUUAUGGAAAUCAAGUCUUUCAAAACUCGUUCCCUUAGACCCGGAAGAUUCGCCAGGCCGCCCGUGAUGAUGACGUUUUCGGCCAGCUUCAGCUGCUCCUCGGGC